GUGACCCCGGCCAUACAUUGAUUAAGUAUCAUCUGAGAUGAUGAUGGCCGCCUUAUUUUCAACGUUUGUGUUUCUUUCGUUGAUUUAUAACAUAUAUCCUCUUCUGGUUGAAAGUUGUCCGAUGUACGGCUGUCGUCCGUCCGGGACUUUUUCUUACAAUCUUGAUGUGAAGUCCAAGGUAUCGCUAGCCUGGCCUAAGACCUUCAUACAAGGACAAUACACCAAUUCACUCGGAUGUACAGCUAAUGAUGUCAGCAUUGUGUGUCAAGCCAAUGGUCUACGAGAAGAGGGUUACGUGACAUUGAUUCCAGAAAAUGGCACUGUGGCCUGGUAUGGAGACAUACUACGGAAACCAACGCUGCCAAUCAUGAGUAUAUACGGUGACGUCAUCGGAACUGAUGGACACAAUCUUGUGAUGUACGACGCAGAUGGAAAAUUGCAACCAGUAAUCAAUCUUGGUGACAAUUUAUUUCCAACGUACAGUUUGACUCUGUCGGAGGACAACGGUAUCAUAGCCAUUGUUUCACGACAGGGAUUGCUAAUCACCAAAGAGUCAAAUGGCAUACCUCAUGCCUCAAUGGAGUUUCGCGCAGAGGAACAGAGAGCGAAUGGGACGUUCAUACCCGUGGCGCCACCUGUUGUAUCGGGACAUCGGAUCUACAUCCUAACAGAGUUCCGAGCUGAUUUCAAUACCUAUCGGCCAAAUGACCUUGGAAUGCAACGCCUAUUUGCAAUUGACAUGAAGAAUGUAAUGAUGGGUCGAUUAGAGACAGCUUGGGUUUAUAAUUUUGAAAGGCUGGAGAGCAAAAUUCCCGUUGUCCGUGAAGAUCAACGAAGUCAACAACCAUUAGAUGAGAAUCAGAAAGAGACUGGAUUUGGUGUGGCACCACAAAUCUUGAUAAACACAGACACAAAUAUGAUCUACGUAAAUCUACCUCCGCCAGAGGGUGCUACAAACGCGCCACAUCUCCUUUGGGGAUUUAAGGACUUGGCAAAUGGGACAGAUCCCGAUGUUAUUUUUAAAAUCCCACAACCUCUGUCAAAGUUUGCUAUAUUCGAAUCCAAUAACGAACCGCUUGAUGAUAAAAGAAGAAACAGAAGUUGGAAAACAUUGGAUACUCCCUCCAGACAAAGUAUAAGCACUGAAAAGGCAUCACUCUGGGGCGUAUCAAUAAACAGGAAGGCAAUUUUGAAGUUAAACCCGGAUGAUGGAACUGUAACAGAGCAAAUAAUCCUUGAUUCGGUGCUAAACAUGACGUCAUCAGUGAUCACUUCUAAGUUAAUGGUUGCAAGAAAGCUUGACAGUACACAAGAUAUUCUCAUAUUUGGUGUACAAGUUUCGCCAACUAAAAACGGAAAAAUAGUAUUCCAAGAUUUAAAAAGCAAUAAGUCUGCUCGAUCCUCUCCAAAGAACUACAUUGUGUGUUUAACAGGAAACACCGUAAACUGGGUCUACGAGACGCCAAAUAAUAGAGAGGUGAAGGGGCAAAUAGCGGGAAUACGUGAAACAUCCAAUGGCGGGUCCGACAUGUUGGUUGUAUUUACGAGUGAUUCAAACGAGUCAGAAAUUUUUGCACUGAAGUUUGAAUAACCCUAUCUGUUUGUUUCUAUUAAUAUAAACAAACUAAAACUGGU